AUGGCUGUUAAAUUGCAUGAACCUGCCACUGAAAUUGAUCUUUUAUCUUUCGUUAAGGCUUCACUUGAUGAAUCUGAAGCCGAUGGAAUAUUUUUAGUUCUUGCCGCAAGGAAUUUCAGCUGUGAUAUUCCGCUUGAAAAAUUAAAGAAAAUUCAAAAGAGGUUCCCUAAUAUUAAUGUUUUGGGUUUGACAGUAAUUCAUCCUUCUUCUGAUCAAGUACACCUAAUGCAGUUACUGAUGGCAGAAAAUAUAACAUUCCCCAUUUUGUUGUCGCAGCAGACAUUUGCCAAGAUUGAGAAAGGUGCGUGCUACAUAUUGUUUAAAAAUUUUAGGGGCCCAGUAGUUUAUGAUGAGAAGGAUGCAAGUCUUGAAAUUCUAAGCCAAGGUAAUUGUGCAUUUUCCAUGACUAAUGUUGCAAACAAUGUGGCAGUUAAACUACAACUACUUUUGGCCUAUUUUGCGGGUUCUGUCUCCACAGAUGAAAGUCAUGAUCGCCUUUUCUUUUCUGAUUGCAAUCAUCAUAGAAUUCUUGUAUCAGAUGCCAAUGGAGAGAUUUUAGAUUGUGCACAUUUAAUCAUAAUUGGAUCUUCCCCUGGAUUUGAGGAUGGAGAUUUUGAAUCUGCAAAAUUAAGGCGUCCUGCAGGUUCAUAUUAUGAUCCUACUGAGGAUUGCCUAUAUUUUGUGGAUUCAGAGAACCAUGUAAUCAGGAAAGCUGACAUGGAAGCACGAACAGUAGAAACUCUCUAUCCUACAAGCACCACUAACAAGGGAGUUAUUCACAUAUGGAAUUGGAUCAUGACUAAGCUUGGUUUAGAAAGCAGUGGGAAGACCAGUGUUGAGGAAAGAUAUGAUUUAUUUGAUUCUAAAUCGUUAUACUUUCCAUGGCAUUUGCUUAAAUCAGUUGAUGGCACUCUCUACAUUAUUGACCGAAGGUUUCAAACUUUGUGGAUCAUGGAUAUCAAUUCGGGAAAGAUAGAUGAAGUUCUCGAAGGUUCUCCUAGAAUUCUUGAGAUCUGUGGACAGCCAAUCAUGGAACGUUUAUCCAUCAUAGAUCGGAUUCCCUCUGAUUGGUUUCAACAGGAAACUAAGAAUGACUUUUUGCUUGGGGGCCGGUUACAGUCUGAUCUUUUAUCUUCACUGGCAACCUUGCAUAAUCACAUUUUCAUUUGUGAUCCAGUUGCACAGAGGAUUUUGAAGGUUAAUGGAGAAUCUGGGGUCUGUUCAAACUUCAGAUUAUCCAAUUUAGGGAUACUUGGAUUACCUUAUUGGCUGAAUUUCCCCCUUGAGACAUUUUAUGCCGUUGGAAAUGGACUUUCGGGUACACCAAUUGAUCAUCUGGAACAUUUUGAUUUGCUACCAGGAAGGAUUGACAUACAUUUGAGUGUUGAUAUUCCUAUGUAUAUUGAGAUUGUUGAACCUUUACAAGAAUCCUGUAUUUGGUGUCAAGCAAGAGGUGCAGCUACUGAAAUUUCUGGAAUGGACGAGGUUCCAGGAUCCUUAUACAAGGCUGGCGUUGCACAACAGUGGUAUGACGAAUUAGAUUAUCUUGCCGCUCCAAAACCUGAAUAUGAAAUAAAUGUUCAAGAUGAUAAUCUGGAUAAAAAUUCAAUUGUGGAAGAUGAGAAAGUCCGCAUGAGCUGUGGGGUCUGUACCAGCCCUGGAACAAGUGAGGUUAUAAUAUAUGCUGUACUGUAUUGCAAACUUAAAAGAAUCCCUAACUCAAAGGAAGGAAACCGGGAGGAAGAAGCAGCAAGGAUAGUUGAUAUUCUGACCUCUAAGAGAUGUGGGAAAAUAGAGAGAGAUUUGUGGAAUGCUUUUUUAUUGCAAUCUAAAGGUGAUCUGAGAGAUCUUAUUUUCAUGCUACCAUUACACAUUAGAUUAAGACUAAAUAGUCUUGAUCAUCUAAAGGCUGAUAACGGAAGGGAUAUUAUCAUAAGAGACACUUCAAUUAAGGUGGACGUCUUGCUCAAAUGA